AUGUUUCCAAUUUUUGUGCCCAAGUGUUUGGUGAAAGCAAGCGCAGAUUUCGUCUUCUGUGAAUAUAGGAAACAAAAACCGGGUGCCAUGGAUAGGCACCGCCUGGUUCUUCUGUUAUUGUACGUUUCAGCUUUGGAGUUAAUCAGAAACGCAGCAGUAGUCGCACAAAUUCGAGAAAAACGACUGGCAUUUUUCCAGAACUCAAAAUGCACGUAUUCCUACGAGCUAGCUGUGCACACUGCAAGGGGAUCCAAGUCUACAGAGAGUGAUGGAUACCAACUUCAUGCGCUCGUGAGUACAUUAAACGUUUUUUGCAAUGCAAAGAUUGAAGCAAUUCACUUAGGUCUCAAAUUUGUUAGUCACGCCUUGAGACGUCACUGUAUGAUUGGAAAUAACUAGGCCAGUAAACUGGUUUACUACUUGAAAAGAAUCAGAGAACGAUAGACCAACAUUCAAGCUAUAAGGCUUGGAGUAUCAAAACUGUCGAUGGAAACAUUUGCAAGCAAAUGUAACUUAAAUUACGCUAAUUAAUCCUUCAUAGUUGGCAUAAUCACACAGAAACUUUCUAAUGGAAGCUCAAGAAAUAAACUUUCCAUAACGUUUCUGUUUUUAUUUAUUUUGGUUGUGGGUUGAUCGCCAAUUUCGGCUUACUCAGUCCAUUUCUGAUUUGUUACUGAAAACAAAGUGACAAAAGGCUCUGCACAAAGCAGUCGAUACUUUUCUUAUAUAUCGCUAACUUUAUUCAGUCGAUAAAGGUAUGUUGUCCCUUUAACUGCGCUUUUAUUGCUAGCCCGAAGAUUCAUGUUUUACUGCAGACUACAACCGUAAAAGGCGGAUAUGUACCUAUUAUUAUUGCUCCCAUUUUUUUUCGUUGAUCUUUGAAAAAACACUGCAAAUGGAAAAGAAGCUUGUCGAGAUGAUCAGGUGCAGGUAUUUUUGUAAAUUUCAUUUAUGAUGGAAUUGCUCGUUCUUCUUUCGAAAACGUCUUGAAUCUCCGCCAGUCCAUUUUCGUCUUCUUGGCUAUGACCUGCGAUUAAAUUUUCGAUCACCAACUAAAAUCCUCUUCUUCGGUAAGAUUACGAUUGACUUUUCAGUCCAGAGCUUUUCACUGAUGGAAAUGUUUUGAUCCGCGAACCAAAACAAGCAAUUACCCAAUAACGGAGCAAAUUUGGAGUCACAUGACGCGAGGCUUAUGACAGUCAAUACAAGAGUCAAGAGUGGUCAAGCAUACGCGAUGAUACAAAUUCUGAUAUUAAAAGAAGUUAUGAACCCUUUCACAACUCGCUGGGAUGAACCGUUUGCAGGAAAAGAGAAACGUGUCGUUAAUAUCUGUUUGCAUGAGCUAAAUAGCGAUAGAGCAGUCCGAUCUAUCCGUCCUGUCCACGCGGAGUUAUUUCACUCUCGCCUUGUUAGCCAGGAAGGACCUGAUUCAGUUUAGGAAAGCGAACGUUGUUAGACAAAAGUGUAAUAAUAUUUUUUACUGGUCGGGAUGAACUGUUUAGCGAGGAUUUCGGUCGCGGCGAAGCCAUGUGAAGAUUUACAGUGGGCCCAGCGUGACAAAACUUAGCAGAGAUUUUAUCACGUACGCGGACAAAAAAUCACGUAGUUAUUCCGAUCCAGGCAUUUCAGAGAAAUCUAAAGAAACUAAAACCUUUACAUUAAGGUUAUUUAGCCGCAAUUUACCCUCUUUAAAGAAAAGAAUUGAAAAAAUGACGUAUAAACAUGAGAUAAAACUCGUGCAGCGGAUCCACCGCACUACCGACGCCUUCAGGUUUCAGAGGUUUUUCACUGCAGUGAGUAAAAUAAUCCCGCACGAAUAACAUGUAAAAGGUCAUUGGCGACAAUAACCAAACCCAUAUCGAUUCCCAUUUCUGUUGGCAGUUGUCGUAUGGUGCUUAUUCGGUGGACAACGCCGGGAAAAAACGCUUGAUAUCGUCCAAAAUAUAAAAGCAUAUAGUGUUAAAUCUUCGUGUUGCUCAGCCUCCCAGAAGGCGGUCAUUUUGCCACAGACGAUAGCUUCACAAAACAAUCUCGCCGCCCGUCUACCAGAAGUGCGGCCCAUCUCCGCGUCCCACAUGAAUAACUAGAAUAUCUCGAGAAUGUCGCAGUAAUUUUUUCAAGACCUGAAAAAAAUUUUUACGAGAGAUAUUGCAAAGUGAAGAUGAUUCACGGAUCGUAAUAACAAGCAAAAUUGACACAUACGUCAAAAGAAAAAUCUUGCUUUCUCAAACAUUUCAAAUCCAUUGUCCGUCAUCUUAUUCGAAAAUUUUUAAUAUUUCUUCUUCGUUGUUGUGUUACUUAAAAGGCGAGCAAAGACUGCUGGAAAAACAGGAAAAACAACAGAUUUCCACGCCAAUUCGAACCCGCUCGAGGAUAUUUCUAAUCCGCCAUACUGUUUUUUUCAUCAGCUUCGUUCGUAAAUAAACACAGGUUAAAAAUUUGGAAGGACGAAGUAAACAUCAGGGUUUACAGACAUCUGAUAACUUUCUUUAAAUCCUUUUUUUAGAGGUAAAACGAUUUAGAGCUGCAAACUGAGCAUUUGCAUUUAAAAUUUUGGUCGGUACAGGAAGUUAUGAACCGCAAAUUGACCAAUCGCAGGGUGAAAACAGACUAAGCCACAUACAAAUGAUUACAGUUUUGAGAUGCACAAAAUACAAUUUAAAAGUCUUACAGUUUAUGAAAGAUUCUAACAAAAGGAAAUUACCAUUCUAAACAGCAAAAAAUUAUAUUUUAAAUGGCUUGAACUUCACUUCACUUCACUGGAUUCCAAGACAUAAGUGAGCGGAAUAAGAUCAGGGUGAUUUUUGUCCUGAAUAGGUCUGUUGUUAGCGCUGCCACUGUACAAACGACUUAUUGAGAACUCAAACUAAACGAACAACAGUAUACGACAGAACAAAACCGAUAAUUCGACCAACAAUAGUACCACAUAAUAAAUCACAAGAGACGGAUCGAAACGCACCACUCACGUUUAGAUCCUUCUUAGCCAAUAACACCACACCAACGGCUUAACUUACAAAAUUAAUGACCAAAAACAUCGCCACUUUGUUGACCAAUUAGUUUAAUUACAUCAACUGACGAUACAGAAGUCACCAGCGAAAUGUCUACCUUCCGGCCAGAAUGUUCUACAACUCGAGCUAUGGUAAAUUUGCAAAACGCACUGUAUUUACUUAAUUCAGUUUCUUCGCUUUUGCUGUGCGUUUGAAUCACUAGAAGAUUCAUUCCAAAAAAGUUCAAAACUCCUUCAACAGACUUCAAAAGAGUGACGGACAUCCAAGUUUAAUAAACACAACUCAUCACGACGUUUUAUUUACGCACGACUGUGCGUGUAUCUAAGGAUUUCUAUCUUAUAGUCCGGUGGCUUAGUGCAAAAUUUUGGCGAGAUCUAUACAGAGAGGACAAAAGCACCAAACUUUGCAUGGUUGUAGCUUAGGGCAUGUUAGUCAAUAUUAGAAUCGGUGCUCACAGCUACCUCUUCAGGAUUUGCAGCAACUGCUCGUUGAAGUUCUUCAACAACCUUCCAUGAUGGGUACCCUGUGCUGAAAAUUGCAAUCCCUUGUUUUUUUACCAUUUUUUGAUGAAAAUCACAUAAAAAGGGAAAUAGAUGGAAAAAAACUGUAUUAAUACUAUUAUUAUUGAAACCAAUGACUAAUACAAGUCAACUUAAUGAUAUAGCAAUUAUGAUAUACCAUGGUGGGUAUCCUGUGCUAAAAAUAUCAAUUCCUUGAUUUUUGCCAUUAUUUUGAUUAAAAUCACAUGAAGGACAUGAAAAUAAAAAAGAAAUUGUAUUAUUAUUGAAAUCAAUGACAAAAACAAGUCGACUAAAUGGAAAAUCCAAGGAAGAUGUUUUCAGACGCGUACUCAGUCCCAAAUAGCCUAUCAAGAUGGCGGCUUGAAGGUGUCUUUUCAUGGACUGUAAGUAUCUGCUAGAAUAAAUUGCCGCUUUUUGGAGGAAAUUGUGUACAAUUUGAAUCACGUCAGGUUUAAGUGAAUUUUUAAGUUCUUCUUGGUGAUAAAUUUGUUAUCGAAAGCCACAUUUUCUCUUCACGUUUUGUACCGAUUAUGAAUGACUAUACCGAGUUUAUUUUCGUACUGGUGACAAUUAAUAAUAGUAAAAAUAGCUUCUUUCUAUAGCGCUUAUAUCCUGAGCACAUGGUGCUUUACAAUGUUAAAGAGGGAAAAAAAUUAUAUCUCGAGCAUGAAAUAACAUAGUUAUUGUUCACAAAGAACAAGAGAAGGAAACAAGAAUUCAUCUGUUUUAAAAUUAUUUUGCCUUUAAAGUCUAUACAUAAUGAUAAGUCAUGCAGAAAACUAAACAUACAUUCUAUAAGUAUAGGUAUAUGAUCUGCAGAGACUUUAAAGACUUUUUACAAAAGUAUUGACUUACUCUCUAAAAAUUGCGUAAAAAGAUAUGUUCUCAGUCCUUUCUUUCAACUGGCUUAAGAUGGUGACUUGCGCAAAUCUAGCUAAUGGUAGUGAGUUCCACAGUUUAGGGGGGCACAGUGAAAAAGUCUUUUCCCCGUGAGUCUUCGAGAUUGUUCUAAGAGCUGCUGAGAUUCGGACCACAAGUUCCUGGAAGGCCUUCGAUAACUAAGUCUGUCCUCUAGAUAGCAAGGUGGAGGGUUAUUAAGUGAUUUGAAAACUGAGAAAACAAGUUUAAAAACAACAUGAUAACUAACAGGAAGCCAGUGAAGGUCAAAUAAAUGUUGUGUUCUCAAAGUUUACGAGUCCGAGUAACGAUCCUGGGGGCAGUGUUCUGAACAUAUUAUUAAAAGAUCCUUCAAGUGCAUUUUCCUACAACUACAGAGCGAGGAAUGGCAAUUAAUAGUCUGUUUUAGAUGUAAUAAAAGCAUGCACUGCAAUUUCGCUAGACUCCUGUGUGAGACACUUUCUUAUCUUUGAUAAGUUCCUGAGUCAGUGAAACGAUAAUCUGCAAAAGAAUGCUGAGACGUGUGCGUCAUACAGCACGUUGUCAUCAAAUACUACUCCCAGGCUUUGUUGGUGGUGGUUCUUAGCCUUGCAUUACCCAUAAUGACGUCGCUAAAGGGUGGACGAGUACGGUACAUCGAAAAGAUAAGCAUGAUUUCAGUCUUAUCAUGAUUGAGUUUAAACUCGUUUCUACACACCAAGAUGGAAAUCAGUUAGGAUCGUUGUCAUAUUUACCUAGGGUGAGAAUCGAAAAGAGAGGAUCGCAGAAACCCAUUAAUUUAACGGAACAAUUAUUUAUGGAACGCUCAUUGACAAUUUACUAGAAUUCAAGAAAGAGGACCGCGUCUUGUUGCAAUUAAGUUUCAUAUUGAAAUCACUACAGUAGAAACACGUUACUGAAGUGCAAAGUGGCAUCAAUCCUGUCACCUUACGUCCAAGUUAGAAAAAGCAAACUAGAAAAGAGAAACAAGCAUGUCGAAGCAGAUCAGAAACAGCAAGUUGUAGAUUGUGGCACCAAACGAGCUUGUAAGACAGACACUAUAGUGGGACUGCAAAGUGUGUGCCUUUGAUUGUAACGAAUACAGCUUAAUAUGAAGUUCGGCAAGUAUAAAGAAAUGUGUGUCAUUCUCCACUGCAUUUGCUGUGUACUAAGUGAGUUCAACAAAUGCUCUUGAUUUAUUUAAUUUCUCGUCUUCUCGGCCUUCCAAGCUGCUCCACUUUUCUUCUUGAGUUCCUCUGACAUGUAUGCCUAUUUCGCAAGUCAGCCUUUUUAAUACAUUUUCAAGGAGCGUUCUAUAAAUUAAUGCUUGUACCGUUAAACCAGUAGACUUCUCAGAUCUUCUUUUGUUGAUUCUUGGAAAAUAUAACAACGAUCCCAGUUAAUAUCCAUCCUGGUGUGUAGAAAACAUCUCAGCUUUAGAAACCUUUAACUAACCAGUAAGUUAAUAAACUCAGUAUAGUCAUUCAUAAUCGGCACAAAAUAUGAAGCGAAAAUGUGGCUUUCGAUAACAAAUUUAACACCGAGAAGAGCUUAAAACUUCACUUAAACCUGUCGUGAUUCAAAUUGUACACAAUUUCCCCUAAAAAACGGCAAUUUAUUCUAGCAGAUACCUACAGUCCAUGAAAAGACACCUUCAAGCCGCCAUCUUGAAAAGCUAUUUGGGACUGAGUACGCGUCUGAAAACAUCUUCCUUGGAUUUUCCAUUUAGUCGACUUGUUUUUGUCAUUGGUUUCAAUAAUAAUACAAUUAUUUUUUAUUUUCGUGUCUUUCAUGUGAUUUUCAUCAAAAUAAUGGCAAAAAUCAAGGAAUUGAUAUUUUUAGCACAUGAUACCCACCAUGGUAUAUCAUAAUUGCUAUAUCAUUAAGUUGACUUGUUUUAGUAAUUGGUUUCAAUAAUAAUAGUAUUAAUAUAGCUUCUUUUUCCAUCUAUUUCCCUUUUUAUGUGAUGUUCAUCAAAAAAUGGCAAAGAAUAAGGGAUUGCGAUUUUCAGCACGGGGUACCCAUCAUGGAAGGUUGUCUAAGAACUUCAGCGAGCAGUUGCUGCAAAUCCUGAAGAGGUAGCUGUGGGCACCGAUCCUACUAUUGACUAACAUGCCCUAAGCUACAACCAUGCAAAGUUUGGUACUUUUGUCCGCUCUGUAUAUAUCUGACCCUUUAGCCACCUGACUUUAGUAAAUAGGGAUCUAAGAUAGGGCCAGCACGAGGGCUAUGUUGUAAAGUUUAUUGCUUUCAAAACAUGUUUUAAGGCUCCGCUUUUAGGCUUGCCUAAAUGUACACAAUAGAUUUCUAAUCUAUUCAUCCGGACUUAUAAGUUGGAGUUUGCAUCCAAAAACAGUUUUUUAGUAUUUAUCCGUUGGGGCAGAACGAUGAGCUGCGAUUGUCAUGCAACGAUAUAUGGACUAAUCCUUAUUUGGUCUCUUUUAUCCCCCUACCAGGAUCAGUAAAAAGAAUUCGUUUAAGCUAUGUAUCCCUUUCAAAUAUGCACAGUCCUUUACUUAUACCUUUUCACGGUAACUGAAGGGUUUUUUUUAACUUAUUAGGUUGAUGUAAUUCACGUAUCUCGUGAAAUCAACAAAGAGAGAUUUUUGCACCUUUGCAAGUUAAGCGUGCGCCAGCCUCGUUUAAGACGCAUGAUUCAUGGGCAUGUCACCAGGUAUCCUGUUAUUGAACAGUUUGAAGAGCAGUUGUCAAAGCCAUUUUACUUCCGGCAAUGGGACCAUGGCCCAGUGCUCGACGUUCUAUUUCCCAAAGCCACUGAGUCAGCACAAGUGGCCGCACUGAAGAAAGGUAACAUAAUGAUUAGCCCAUGUACAUAA